UUCCAAGUUCCAAUGAAGUGCCCUUGGAGUUCCCCAAGGCGAACGUCGUCGACGUCGUCGUCUUUGGGAAGACAGCGUUCGGCACGGCCUGUCUCUGCAGUCGAGCGUGUGCAUUUUUCUUCACUGCCCUCAGCGUUUGCUGUGGGGAUUUGAGCUCCGCUUGGUGCGUAGGGUUUGGUGUCAGGAAUCCGGCACCAUGUUGGCGAGGGGGUUGGGGCGGCGUCUUCCCGCACUCGCUCGACUUGCGCAGUCCUCGCAGGGCGCUUCUGCGGCUCUUGUAGACGUGAGCACCUGCGUGAAAGAGGAGCGUCUUGAGAAUGAUCUGAGCGUGGUGCUGUCUAGCUCUAGCUCGCUCAGCCGAUCGUGGCACUUUUCUCGUGGAUUUGCCUCAGAUGCUCUGGCAGGGACCGUAUCGGGUACACAUACAGUCCCAGCCACAGCUCAGGCUUUGAAGAAUAUUUCUAACGAGAUUACAUACGAUGAGCAUACACACGAGAGAUGUGCACCAGGGGAUCCCAGCAAGAAGGCUUUUGCUUACUUGAUCCUGACUGGAGGGCGUUUUAUCUAUGCAUCAGCCCUGCGAAUCCUUGCGCUCAAGCUGAUUUUAUCAAUGUCAGCCAGUCGAGACGUUCUUGCUCUGGCCUCAUUGGAGGUUGACAUCUCCAGCAUCGAACCUGGGUCGACCGUGACGGUGAAGUGGCGUGGCAAGCCUGUGUUUGUGCGUCAUCGUACUGAAGCCGACAUCAAGUUGGCGAACUCGACCCCAUUGAACGAGCUUCGGGACCCUGAGGAAGACUCUGUAAGGGUGCAAAAUCCCGAGUGGCUAGUAGUGGUGGGCGUUUGCACCCACUUGGGAUGUGUGCCAUUGCCGAACGCAGGGGACUAUGGGGGCUGGUUCUGCCCUUGCCACGGUUCUCACUACGACAUUUCGGGACGCAUUCGAAAGGGUCCUGCACCUUACAACCUGGAAGUGCCCCAGUAUAAGUUCACAGAAGAAACCAAGCUUUUGAUCGGCUAAGUAUGUUCGUUGGAAGAUUACUUGAAUGAGUUCAGUCAGAAGAGGUGUGGAGUCGAUUGUGGUCUUGCUGAUAGUGGUGUACUCAUCAGCAUGUCAAGCUGUAGAGGGAAUCAAGAACGUGGAAGAACUAUGUUCUAUUACUUAAAAAGUCAAAUUUAGGUGUUACGCUAUUUCCACUUCAAAUUUCUAUAUGAUUGAGGAGAUAGUUGUCUUUCAAUCCUGGUAGAGUUAUUUUUAUCUGCAAACAUUUGCUUCCAAAUAGAAUUAUUGGCUGAUUCGUAUUUUUAUUAUGAUAUUAAGAUGGUUGGCUGUUACUAAAUACCGUAAAAUUCUUUUUAUCAAUAGUGGCAUUAGAUGUCACAUUCUAAAAGGCA